CGCCUGUUAUUACCUUCAAUUCGCUUACAUCCAAGCAGACAAAGUCUUUUGCUAGGAGGUCCUGUUAAUUUAGACCUGACGAUACCAGUAACAGAAGAUGUCGCGUUCUUACCCUGGAGAGCAAGUAGAGCACGCUUAUAAUGCUAAACGGCUUCAGAACUGGGAGGUCCCAGCAGUUGACAAAGGAGAGGCGGUGACGACCUCGACCGGCACCCGGUUUGGGACCCUUAACGCUCGCAAGGGCAAAACGGAUUUCAUCGCCGAUGGCAACGGACACCUCAAGUCAGGCGUAUCAAAGGUCAGCAACGCCUUCAACCAUCCACCUGACACGCCCGUGUUCAUGAACUCCUCGCCUCGCUGGCCCACGGAGAACCCCACAUGGCCUAAGAACCAGAAACCAACCAUGGGCUACAAGGGCAUCCCCACGGACUACCUGCCGGCCUCAACCGUGACCCUCAAAGCGGUCGACGUAAAGGGAACCAAGGAACGGAACUUCAACUUCAGCUAACUGUGCCCGUGAUCCACACGGCGCUGAUGACAGCUUGACUGGUGCGUCCAGGAGUUUGGAAGCGUUGUACACGCUUCAAAGCGUCUUAGUGGCGGCAUUACUGAUGAUACCCAGAUAUAGUUCCUGUAAUUCAUGUAGGGUUUUGCAUUAGGUUGACGAGAGGGUAGUUUCUGAUUCAUGUGAUGCAUUGAAGAGACGAAGGUGUCAUGGUGGAUUCAUGGGGCACUUGUGGUAUCCCUUGUUAUUCCUGCGCUGGUAAUGUGAAAAUGUGGCAGAUGCCGAGUGUACGCUGAAGGUGCAGAGCUUAGUGAUGGCUACUGCCACAAGACGGGUGACAGGUGUGCGUUACUACAUAUUUAUUAGGAGAUGUGCCGUACUGACUGCACGCGACACUUGACGUUAAUAAGGCGAUGCAGGAUGUGGUAAACCUGCAGAACGGCAGAUCUACUUGCCGCGCCGCAAACCUAAAGUGACUAACGCAAUAUGGACGGCAAAAAAGGACGGAUGUAAUGGUCACGUGUGGCACGUCUUCAGCAGCCACGGCUGCUUGUCGCAGCG